ACAGGUUUGAGUUUUUCUUUUUCAAAUCUGAAUUGCGAUUUAGGGUUUCUCACUUUCUUGAGUGCGAUUGUGUGACUGUGCGAGUGGUCGAGUGUGAUCUGCGAUCGACCUUCUGCCUCUGCCUCCAGACCGGCCGCAGCGCUGCAAUCUGAUCGCCUCCUCUGAGUCCUCUUCAAUUCCCCGAGUCCAGACCCGCCAUAGCACUGUCGUGAACCCUUGCGAGUUGUGUGCAUAGCAGUUCCGCAACCCUCGAUCGCUUCCUCUGAGUCCUCUCCCAUUUUCCGAGUCCAGACCGGCCGCAGCACCUUCGUGAACUCUUGCGAGUUGCGAGCGUAGCCGCCUUACUGCGUGGGCUGCACCGUAGUCGCCUCGCCUCAAGACACUUUAUUUGGUUCCAACGCUUACGCUAGCUGUUUUCUAGCUCUCCUUCAUGGCGGUUGAGAAACUUCUAAAAGAUGAAGCAACUGAAGAAAAGGGGGAGCGUGCUAGAAUGGCAUUAUUUGUUGGUGCUAUGGCAAUUGCUGAUUUGGUCAAGACUACAUUAGGACCAAAGGGAAUGGAUAAAAUUUUACAAUCAACAGGUAGAGGGCGCAGUGUAACUGUCACAAAUGAUGGUGCUACCAUCUUAAAGUCCCUCCAUAUUGACAGCCCAGCUGCGAAGGUCCUUGUUGAUAUUUCAAAAGUGCAAGAUGAUGAAGUUGGUGACGGGACAACAUCAGUUGUUGUUCUUGCUGGGGAGCUGUUAAGGGAGGCAGAAAAAUUGGUGGCCACAAAGAUUCAUCCAAUGACCAUAAUUUCAGGUUAUCGGAUGGCAGCUGAAUGUUCUCGGAAUGCUUUGUUGCAGAAGGUCAUGGAUAAUAAAGAGGAUGCAGAUAAGUUCAAGUCAGAUUUGAUGAAGAUUGCAAUGACCACUUUGAGCUCAAAAAUUCUUUCCCAAGAUAAGGAACAUUUUGCAAAACUGGCUGUGGAUGCUGUUAUGAGGCUAAAAGGCAGCACAAACCUAGAGUCCAUCCAAAUCAUUAAGAAGCCUGGAGGAUCAUUGAAGGAUUCAUUUCUGGAUGAAGGAUUUAUUCUUGACAAAAAAAUAGGUGUUGGCCAGCCCAAACGCAUUGAGAAUGCAAAGAUUUUGGUGGCAAAUACUGCAAUGGACACAGAUAAAGUCAAGAUCUAUGGGGCACGUGUUCGUGUUGAUUCAAUGUCCAGGGUUGCUGAGAUUGAAGCGGCUGAGAAGGAAAAAAUGAGAGAAAAAGUGCAAAAGAUUAUAGGCCAUGGGAUUAAUUGUUUUGUUAACAGACAACUGAUUUACAAUUUCCCAGAGGAACUCUUUGCAGAUGCUGGAGUACUUGCAAUUGAGCAUGCUGAUUUUGAUGGUAUUGAGCGGUUGGCUCUGGUUACUGGGGGUGAAAUUGCAUCAACAUUUGAUAACCCAGAGUCUGUAAAGCUUGGACAUUGCAAGGUCAUCGAGGAAAUCAUGAUUGGCGAGGACAAGUUGAUUCACUUUUCCGGUGUUGAAAUGGGUCAGGCUUGUACUAUAGUAUUGAGAGGUGCAAGUCAUCAUGUUCUUGAUGAGGCUGAAAGGUCUCUGCAUGAUGCCUUGUGUGUGCUGUCUCAGACCGUAAAUGACAGUAGGGUGUUACUUGGAGGUGGGUGGCCUGAAAUGGUGAUGGCAAAGGAAGUAGAUGAGCUGGCACGGAGGACUCCAGGAAAGAAGUCCCAUGCUAUUGAUUCUUUCUCACGGGCUCUCAUGGCCAUCCCAACAGCAAUUGCUGAUAAUGCAGGGUUGGACAGUGCUGAGUUGAUUGCAAAGCUGCGUGCAGAGCACCACAAGGAAGGAAGCAAUGCAGGAAUUGAUGUCAUCUCUGGAUCUGUGGGAGACAUGGCAGAGCUGGGGAUUUCUGAAUCAUUCAAAGUUAAGCAGGCUGUAUUGCUCUCUGCAACUGAGGCUGCCGAGAUGAUUCUUAGAGUUGAUGAAGUGAUCACCUGUGCUCCCCGGAAGAGAGAAGAUAGGAUGUGAGGUGAAAAUGAGCCAGGGGAGAUUUGCUUGAACGAGUUUUCAGGCUUUCUGACGAGUGUUUGGACCUUGAAACUUGAAAAGGAUAAAAGCCAAAAUUGAGGAAAUAUUUGUAGACUCUGCGUUUUUGGUUUUUGGUUUUCCUGAAGUUGUAGUUUAUAUUGUAGUCUCAACAAAUUUUGUGUAUUCUAGUGGUUAGGAGUAUUGGGUAAAAAAAUGGUGUCACAAGUUGAGAUUUCUUUUAUUUUCUUUUGCCAGGGUUUUAAGCAAGUUCAUGAAUCUAGCCUCUACUUGACAUACGACCAAGUUUGAGAUUUGUUUUAUGCAAGCAAAUCUAAAUUAAGUUACCAAUUGAGACUUGUUUGACAA